CGAUGAGUCGAAACAUAUAGUCGUGUGUAGAUCCUGUUCGGAGGGUUGUAAAUUUUCCGACUGCAUAUACCCAACACACAAACCUUUCCCAUACAGUCAAACCGAUCAAAAUGGCUGAAGUUCAAGCAUCCUCCGCCAACGUCUCCGACAAACCCAUUAUCCUCGUCCUCGAUAAGUUCGACGACAAGGCCCUCUCGACCUUGCGUGAAGAAUCUCGAAAUUUAGGUCUCUUCCAGCCCAAGGAAGAUGACGUCCGUAAAGAAGCCCCCGGCAACUUCGACAUCGUCUUCGCUGAUGACCCAAAACGGGACUCAUACCUCCAAAAGGCCACCCUCCUCCUCGUCCAAAGCACCUCCAACCUCGACGCCAGCGCUAUUGAGAAACUCGGCUCCAGCGUGAAAUACAUCGUCAAGCAAGGCCUCGACGUUGACAACAUCGACCUCGCUGCCGCCUCCAGGAGAAACAUCCAAGUCUAUAACGCGCCCGGCACAAACAGCGCCUCCGUUGCCGAACUCACCAUCGGUCUCGCCCUCGACGUCGCCCGACGCAUCACCGAAAUCGACCGCCACACACGCAAAGGAGGCGAGAAAGCCGCCGCCACAAACUUCGUCGGGAAGAGCCUACACCAAAAGACCAUCGGCAUUAUCGGCAUGGGCGCCGUCGGCAUCGAAGUCGCGCGGAAAUGGGUCGGUUUCACCUCCGGAUACGUCAUCGGCUUCGACACCGAAGCCGUACCGGAAGCCUGGACGAAGGAAAUUCAAGAGGCACAAUUCACCCGCAGCAACGACAUCGACCAAUUAUUGAAAGAUGCCGAUUUCAUCUCCAUCCAUGUCCCUCUGACGGACGCUACGCGGAAUCUACUCGAUGAGCGAAGACUGGGAUUGAUCAAGGAUGGAGCGAUUAUUUUGAAUACGGCCCAGGCAGGCAUCAUCGAUGAGGCUGCGUUGCAAAAGGCAUUGGACUCCGGACGCGUGUUUGGAGCGGGUCUCGACGCGAAUUACAGUGAAAAGCUCCUCUCGCACCCCAGAGUUGUCAUCACGCCGCAUGUCGGCACUGCUACUGAGGAAAACCAGGCGAAGAAUGAUGUUGUGGCAGUGGAUAUUGCGGUGUCGUUGAUUGAGGGGAGGAGAGAGCAGGUUCCGGCUGCGCUUAAUGCUAGAGUUUAGGGAGAUGUUGAUGUCUAUUCGGUUGGUUUCUGAAUCUUUGGGAGAAUAUGCAUGGGAAAAUGUUGAUCCGAUGACGAUCACAUUGAAAGUCGAUAUUACAUUACAAGUGAACUGAUUCUAUUCAAUGACUCGCCU